UUUAUUUAUUUAUUUAUUUAUUUAUUUACUGGUCUAUGACUCUCCCGGCGGUUUCUCGGACGUUUAGCGGCGGCUGGGGACGGCCCGGCAAAAACCGCCUGGCCUCCGCGCCGACGAUGUCAGCGGAGACGCCUGCGUCCGCGAACCUCGCGGCGCCGGGCUCUUCCGCGCCGAGGAGCGCGUUCGUGGUCGCGGCGCCGAAGCACGCGUGGCGUAGCGCGUGCUCGUUUCGCAGCGCCUGCUCGACGCGAGGGUGGAGUGGGUGCACGGGUGGCGGCGGCGGCGCGGGCGUGGCCGGCGGGACGCCGCUGAGCAGAUCGAGGGGCGGCGCCCGGGGCGACGGCGGCGCGGCACCGGACGCUACCAGGCGGUCCAGCUCAGAGCGGAGCUCGGCGCGGUUCCGCGCGCGGUCGCGCGAUCGAUCUCGCGGCGGCGGCGGCGCGCCCGCCUCCGUGAGCAGCGGGUUCGCGGUGCGCGCGCCGCCACGGGGCGCUGGCCCUACCGGUACUUCGCGCAGUUCGACCCGCGCGUGGCGAUUCGCGGCCGCGACGCGCGCAGUGAGCGACGGACCUUCCGUCGCGGCGCCCGCGUCGACUGCGGCGCGGGCCCGCGCGUCGGCGGCGGCCGCGCGCGCGCGGCGCGACAGCUCGUCGUACCGCGCGUCGUCCGCGUCGAGGUCCCGCGCCUUGUCACAUAUCCCCGCCUCGUAGCCGAGGAAACGCCGGAGCGCAACAACGCAGCAACACAUCGACGGAUCACAACGAGGUACAGGUACGGUCGGGCCGGCACGAUGUCUCAGUUUCCAAUUGCACGUGAACUAUCCAGAGAUGGAUGUCGUGUCAGCAAGAGUAAAUAUGGGGCGUGGCGGUCGCCAUGACCCCGCGUCGGCUCCGUAUUCGAAGUCAUGGGACUGCCGUCUCGGUACCACGGUA